AUGGCAGCUGAACGUGCCCCCAAGUACAGGCAGGAAAUCCAGCAGAUGAUGUUUGUCUCUGGAGAAACCGCCGAACCGUCCCAAGAGACCACCACUCUUAUCGAGGAGAUUGUGCGUCAGCAAGUUGUCGAAAUGCUUACUCGCAGUACUGCCCUAGCUACUCGACGCGGGAACCGUUCGAUUUCAACUGACGAUCUUAUAUUCUUAAUACGCCACGACAAAGCGAAAGUCUCCCGUUUGAGGACAUUCUUGUCCUGGAAAGAUGUUCGCAAAAACGUGAAAGAUUCGGACGACAAGGCAGGAGGGGCUGAUGCUGCCGAUUUCGCGGCUGGCGAUGAUCCCCUGGCUGGUGCCGGAGUGGCUGGCCCCCAAGACAUGGCUGCAAAACCGAAGAACAAGCGCGCCAAAGUUGGUCUUCCGUGGGAUGUUAACAGCUUUUAUUCCGUCCAAGUACCCGAGCGAGAGGAUGAGGAGGACGAGGAGGAAGAAGAACAAAACUACGCCACACUUCAACGUCUUGCAACCGCCGACGAACGCACCAAGAAUAUGACUAGAGAAGAAUACGUGUUCUGGUCCGAUUGCCGCCAGGCUUCAUUCACGUUUCGCAAAGGCAAGCGUUUCCGCGAAUGGGCCGGGUUUGGCGUCGUUACGGAGUCCAAGCCAAACGAUGAUAUUGUCGAUAUUCUUGGUUUUCUCACGUUCGAAAUCGUGCAGACCUUGACGGAAGAAGCACUCAAGGUGAAAGAGCGUGAGGAUCGUGAGAAGAAAGGUCGCGGUGGCACUGAUUCCGACUCGGGCGAAAACCAGAAAAAGCGCAAGCGCGAGACAGGAUUAUUCGAUCCCCCGGAAGAAGGUCGUACGCCAAUCGAACCUCGACACAUCCGAGAAGCGUUCCGUAAAUUGCAAGCGACUCCACAAAAGGCCGUUGCUAUGCUGCUUCACGAUGGACGUGUUCCGGCGCGAUUCCCAAUUCGAUUGGUGUAG